AAAUAGGCGUCUCUUAGCUUCCAACAGAAGCUGCUUCUGCUGCAUACCAUGAGGCCGUUAAAACCGCCCAAACCACUUACUCAGGUCGUUUCCAAUUCCACGAGUAGUCACUCUGCACUCGCUUUCUCCAUCAUUUUCCUUCACACUUCUACUUCCAGUAGGAUUUGAUUUAGAAAGAGAAUCAUGUUGGAGGUUAAAAAGGAACUUAAGGAUUUCAAUGCUGAUUCACCUCAUCUUUCUUCGUCCAAGUGCAAUAGCGAUACCUCUCUUCCGGAAUCAACCCCUGUAACUGGGAAAAUAAAAGCACAAGCUAGACGCUGGACGGAAGAAGAGGAUAAUCUUUUGAUUGAAACGGUCAAGAAGCACCACGGAAGGAGCUGGAAGAAAAUAGCUGCAUACCUCCCUGGAAGGACUGACGUCCAAUGCUUGCAUCGCUGGCAAAAGGUUUUAAAUCCUGAUCUUGUAAAGGGAUCCUGGACAAAGGAGGAAGAUGAUUGCCUCGUUGAACUAGUCAGAAAGCAUGGUGUCAAGAGAUGGUCUGUUAUUGCAAAAUACUUACCAGGUCGUAUUGGAAAGCAAUGCCGAGAAAGGUGGCACAAUCAUCUUGAUCCAGCUAUAAAGAAGGAUGCAUGGACAGAGGAGGAGGAAUUAACACUUGCUUACUAUCACCAAAUAUACGGCAGUAAGUGGGCAGAAAUUGCAAGGAUUCUUCCUGGAAGGACUGACAAUGCCAUAAAGAAUCAUUGGAACUGCUCAAUGAAGAAAAAACUGGAUGCAUCACCUCUUCGGUGCGACAUAAAUGUUGCCACUUCCAGUUUCUGCGCUUCUCGAAUAAAGCCAACACCUAAAGUUGAGGAUCAAAGUUUUAACAGAAUAGUUUCUCUCGAUCAGAGUCACUGGUCGAAGCACAGUGUUGAUUACUUUUCAACAAAGUUGAUUCUUCAAAAUGCUGCCAGAGAAGAAUGUUGCUAUGAAAAUGGCUGUUUUGAGGGGAUAACUCCUAUUGCCUCUAGACAAGGUGGUGAAAGUAGAUUGGAUAAUUUACCAAAUGAGAUACUCACAGGUACAUGUUACGAAGACCAUGUCAACGCAGCCAACCCUACCUGCAUAAUUAAAAAUAUGGACUCGUUUCUGGAAAAUUCUCUGGAUAUGCUUGCAACAAAUUUGAGUUGUUUCCCUCUUGCCAGUGCUGUUACUUACAGUGCCUACAAAUCUCCUAAACGACAAAAGGUAUCUUUUUCAGAUGCAGAGUUUAUUGUGGGUGAUGAAUCUGACAGUCCCCGUUUGAGUUACUCAAAAACGAUUAACCGUGAGAAGAAAUGUCAAUCUGUAAGGAGAAGCUACAACGAAAUCAAUAGCAUGCCACAUGAUUCAGAUGGCAUGAGGGGUGAAUAUGCUUACUUUCCUGCUGAACUACCCCCGGGGGAAGAUUUGGCGCCUCCCACAGAAUUCAGUGAAUGCCUAAGUCCAAAAACACCCAUGACAUACGCGGACAAUAAAAGUCGCUGUUCUACUCCCCCAACGACUUUACUCAGGAGUUACAUAGGCGACAUCAGCCCAGAAACUGUGCUAAAAAGUUUAGCAAUGACCUAUAAGAAUGUUCCUUCUAUUAUAAGGAAAAGGACUCCCAGGAAGGCAAGCUGUUGCGACAGUGACCAAGCACCUUCGGGAAUGAUCACAUGUACUCCUGAAGCAGAAAAUGUUAUUGGCUUCGAUAACUUAACACUGAAUCAGGGGUUUAUGCCAUAGCUCUCGCUCUCGAAGGAUGUAUAGAAUAACGGAAUAUGCUUGUGAAUUGUAAU